AUGACAACAUCUCCAUCUCCAUUUUACUAUAGCCCAGAAGAGCUUGCGGAACUAUUGGAAAAAAGAGGAAUUGAUGUUCAAACCGAUGGAUUUAUUCGCUGUACAAACACAUGCAUCAUCCGUCGUCUGGUCCAGCGUAUGGGUCUUCCAUACUACACAUGUGCAACAGCCCUGUAUAUGUAUCACCGAUUCGUUGCACGAUACUCUAUUUCAGAUAAUCAGCAAGAAGACGUUAUUCUAGCAUGUGUGUCAUUGGCCAUGAAAGCAGAAGAAACUGUUAAACGACUUCGAGAUCUGUAUAUAAUGAUUCACUCCAUCAUUCACGAAACUGUCAUUGAUCCGGAUAGCAAGAUCAUGAAUGAAGUGCGUGAUCAUGUCAUGAACUACGAGCGUAUGAUUUUAGAGGACAUGCAAUUUGAGCUUUGUAUUCGCCAUGCUCAUCAUUUUGUACUAGCUUUUAAUGACAAGCUUGUAGGCACAAUGCACACAGCUCAAAAAGGAUGGCGAGUUGCGGGAGAUAGUUACACAACCACAGUGUGCAUACAGUAUCCUCCGCACAUUAUUGCUUUGGCAGCAGUAUAUAUUGCUGGAAAAUUAAACAAUACAACCCCAUCGCCAUCACUCUUGGAUAGUGACUGGCUUAGAAGAGUUUACUGUAGGCUAUCUGAAAUUAAAGGUGCCAUUGUCACAAUUUCUGAAGAGCUUCAGUUUUCACUAAUACCCGAUGAGAUGAAGGAAAGAUACCGCCAAAUUUCAUCUGAAGUUAAAAACAUGGAUCAAAGUUCAUUACACGUUAAACCAAUCUACUCAAGCCAGCAUACUGCUUUACGACAUGCCGAUGGACCUGUUUUGAAACGUGCACGGAAUGAUACCAGUAGCAAUGGAGAUCGAGAAGCAUCAAAGAAUGACGGCAGCGGAUCAAAUAAUGGCACACACAUGGAUACCAACGGUUCAGAUCGAAGAUAUGAUAGGCGAAGCAACGACAAUAUAGUUUCACAUAAUCUAAACUCAACUUCAUCUGGCAAUGCUGAAUUUACUGAAGAUAAACCAAGUGGGCAUACAGGGACUCAGUCCAGCAGUCGUGAUUAUCGGCGAGAUAAUUAUGGCGAAAGUAGUCAAAGACAACAUAGUGCAUCACAAUAUUCUAAAGGCAGUACAUCCCAUUCGAGUAGUAAUAGUCAACACAACUCACAUACUAGGCGAAGGCAAUGGUCUCGAAAUGAAAAGGGAAAAUAA